AUGCUCUUUGGCGCUCUCGCCUUGCUCGCCAUCAGCCCCGCCCAGGCAAGCCCGCUCGGAGGUGGAUUCGGUGGCUUCCCUACGCGCAGCGGAGGCGGCUUCGGCGGCUUCCCCACGGGCGGAGGUGGCUUCGGUGGUUUCCCGGGCCUGCCCACGUCAACCAGCAGCGCCGCCCCUGCUCCCACUGGCGGGUCCGGCUCAGGCGCCGCGUGCUCGUCGUACACCAUCAUCGAAGCACGGGGAACUGGCGAGCCACAGGGUCCGUCGAUGGGCUUCCGAACCAUGAACCAGCAGAUUCUCAGCAGGGUUUCUGGCGGCAAGGAGUACGACGUCGUCUACCCUGCUGGCAUCGACCAGCAGUCGAGCCAGGGCACGACGGAUAUUGUGAACCACGUCAACGCAAACACGGGCUCCUGCUACAUUCUCCAAGGCUACAGCCAGGGCGCCGCUGCGACCGUCAAUGCCAUGUCCAAGCUCACGGGCGCAUCCUUUGACGCUGUCAAGGGUGUCGUGCUUGUGGGCGACCCGCUGAAGAAGGCGGGCCUGGCCUGCAACGUCGACCCCAACGGCGGCGCAUCGACACGCAACACCAACGGCAUCGAGGGCGGGUUCGGCUCGAGCGGCAUCCCUCAGAACUGGGUCAGCAAGGUUCUCGACAUCUGCAUCUCGGGCGAUGGUGUCUGCGACGGUGGCGGAGGUAUCACUCCUCCUCACCUCACCUAUGGAUCCAACUCCGGUGUCCAGACCGAGGGCGCCAACUUUGCCGUGGCCAUGCUCCAGGGCCAGCCCUACACUCACCAAAGAUGCCGUCUGUCACGGUUGACUACAGCCACAAACCUGUGCUUGUCAUCAGCCUAUCUCGGCCACAAGUACGAAACGCAGUGGACGGUCCAACAGCUGGCCUGCUACACAGCGCCUUCGUCGCAUUUGCCAGAGAUGAGCAGCUUCUUGCCCAUCUGCCAGUUCAAAGUGGCCAUCCUCAGGGGAGAUGGUGGCCACUUCUGUGCUGGAGCCGACCUGCAGGCCGUCUUUGCGGACAAAACCGGGGCUCAGUCAUCUGGUCGAUCAAACAAUCUGAACCCCGAUAUGGAUGCUCCGGGGCCCAUGGGCCCCACACGACUAGUCUUAAACAAGCCGGUCAUUGCAUGCAUCGACGGGUAUGCAGUAGCCGGGGGCUUGGAGCUGGCGUGCUGGUGCGACCUUCGCGUGGCCAGUCGGAGCGCAAAGCUGGGUGUGCUUUGUCGCCUCAGGGGUGUCCCUCUGAUCGACGGGGGCACCGUGCGACUACCCAAGCUCAUCGGCCUUUCCAGGGCCCAGGAUCUUAUUUUGACGGGCCGGGUCAUCUCAGCAGAGGAAGCUGAACGCUUCGGCCUUGUCAAUACGCUUGUGCCCUCGUCGGACCCAGCCGAGGUGCUCGCCGCCUCGCUUGAGCUGGCCCGACUCCUCUGUUCGCACCCGCAGGAGUGCAUGCGAGGCGAUCGAUUGAGUGUGCUCUCGCAGGCUGCAGCGAGCGAAGGGCAUGCCAAUGUCUCGGGCGCAGAGAGGGAGGCAAUGCAGCUCGAAUUUGAACAUGGGACUCGCAGCCUGCAGCACCUCGGCCCCGCACUGGAAGCGUUUAUCCAGAGGGACAAGAGCGCAAAGCUUUGAGUGGCUGGUUUUGUACAGUACCACAAGGCUCUGGCCGAGCUAUCAGAUUAUUGCUUUCUCCAUGUAAUAUAAACGACUCGAGCCUUGAGUCUAAAUUUCGUGCUUUCAC